AUGGACGCCCAAGAAGACGACAGCGACAUCAAGCUGCAGAGAGUAUCGUCCGAUCUCAUUGCGGACUUCUCCCGCUCCCUGCCCCUCUUCCUUCGGAAGCCCGACGGCAAGACCUUCCGCACCCGUGUCCGCGUAUCUGAGACGGCACGCCUGACUUCGAGUCUCCUCGAUCCGUUCCAGGAACUCCCGCAACUCCUGGACCCCCACCUGCCCACCUGGCUGCCCCUCCUCGCAUCCACCUACCUCGCCCAACUCAACGCCCGCACCCGCGCCCGAACCCGGGCGUCGGCUCCGUCCACAUCGGCCCCGUCCUCCACCCGCUCGCAGCUCCUCGAGCCCCUGGGCCUUGCCAUCGCCAAGCUCAUAUACACCUUCACCAAGAUCCGCGGCGAGAAGGUCAUCGUCCGCUUCCUCAACGUCGAGUCCCGCCACAUCGAGCCCCUCCUCUCGGCCCUCGAGUCCGCCGAGCGCGCUGGCGCCACUCCCGGCAGCACCGCCGGAUCACCCAACGAGUCGCCGCCGGCGAACUCGGCGCAAUGGUCCUGGGAAGAGCGCUAUCUUGUUCUCCUCUGGCUCUCCCACCUCCUCCUCGCCCCCUUCGACCUCUCCAGCAUCUCCUCCGCCUCCGCCGACCCGGACCUCACCCUUCCCGAGAUGCCAGGCUUUGAAUGGCCCGAGAACCUCCCCGGCAUCACCGUCCGCAUCCUCCCCCUCGCCAUCAAGUAUCUCGCCUCGUCCGGCAAAGAGCGCGACGGCGCCCGCGCCCUGCUCGUCCGCGUCGCCAUGCGCCGCGACAUGCAGUUCCUGGGCGUCCUCUCCGCCCUGGUGCGCUGGUCCCUCGCCUCCCUGACCCCUGACCGGUCCGCCCCGCCGCAGCCGCCGUAUUUCUACAUCGGCAUCCUCUCCUUCCUCGCCGGCGUCCUCCGUUCCUCCAUAAACACCUCCGACAUGGACGCCUACCUCUCGCCCAUCUUCCUCGCCGCACACUCGGUCGCGUCCGCCGAGGCCGCCGCCGCAGGAGGGGGAAACAUCGUCGUUGCGGCCUCCAUCCGCUCCUCCGCCGUCGCCCGCAAGAUGCUCAUCAAGGUCAUCCGCUCCAUCACCGUCCUCCUCCUCCGCAAGACCCCGCCGGACCCGCACAGCACCGAGCUCAUCGAGGCCUCCAUCGGCUACCUCCUCGAGUGCCUCGCCGACAACGACACCCCGGUCCGUCUCGCCGCCUCCAAGGCCCUCAGCAUUGUCACUCUGAAGCUCGACCCGGACAUGGCCUCCCAGGUCGUCGACGCCGUCCUCGACUCCCUCAACCGCAAUGUCCUCUGGACCCGCGAUCCCGGCACCAAGACCUCCACCCGCGACCUCGCCGCCGUUGAUCCCCUCGAGUGGCAAGGCUUGAUGCUCACCCUCUCCCACCUCCUCUACCGCCGCUCCCCACCUGCCUCGCAGCUCCCGGACAUCGUCCACGGGCUCCUCCUCGGUCUCUCCUUCGAGAAGCGCAGCACCUCGGGCGGCUCCGUCGGCACCAAUGUCCGCGACGCCGCCUGCUUCGGCAUCUGGGCCCUCGCCCGGCGCUACACUACCGCGGAGCUGCUCCAGGUCCCCACCGCUGCCGUCGUCGCCGCCCGCGUGCACGACGCGGACGUCUCCAUCCUCCAGGUCCUCGCCACUGAGCUCGUC